UAGGGUUUAUCUCCGCCGAUAAACCCCUCGCCCUAGCUCCACCAAAGCCUCUCGCCGGCGUUGACGGCAUUGGAACUCUCUGCUUCUCGUCUGUUCUGCAGCUAAGUGUCUCCAAUUUCCAUGGUUUUUCAACUUGCAAUCCUUUCCUAUGUUGCAUUCUUGGUGUAGAUCAUGCUGGAAUUUUCCACAAAGGUGGGAACUUUGCGUUUGAUUUUGCCUCUCUCUCUUGUCAUGGGCUUUUGUUCGAUCUCGAGCUCUGUUCGAAUCGAAGGGUUCUCCUUUCUGAGAACCCAAGUGUCUCCAAUUUCCAUGGUUUUCAACUUGCAAUCCUUUUCUAUUUUGCUUUCAUGGUGUAGAGCAUGCUGGAAUUCGCCACAAAGGUGGGAGCUUUGCGUUUGAUUUUGCCUCUCUCUCUCUCUCUCUUUGUCAUGGGCUUUUGUUCGAUCUCGAGUUCUGUUCGAAUCGCAGGGUUCUCCUUUCUGAGAACCCCUGCUCUAUGAUUUGGCUUGGAUGUAGACUUGUUUCUCGAACCUUUGUUCGAAAAAUCCAAUCUUUGAGCCCUUACUCUUCUGCUCCUUCAUCGUCGUUGCUGCUGGAAGAGCUCCAUUUUGAUUCACAUCCAACCAUUGACAACAGUAGUGGAAAAAAGUCCGGUUUUUGGGUUGCCAGGCGCCUCACUCUUUCCCCCCUUGUUGGUCACGUUGUGCACACACUGAAUUGGAGUUAUUUGAGGGAGAUUGGGUUUUUGGGAGCAGUGGGUAAGUAUGGGUUGUCCCAUUCCUUGGAAUCUUUUGCGAUGCUUAUUCGUAUCUUCUUGUCUUCAGGAAUGCGUAGAAAGAUCCCUUUUUGCUUGCUAAAAAGUCUUGCUCAGUAUUGUAGGAAUGGAAAUUCUGAUUUGUUCUGCCUGGUACUGGAAUUGGUGGGGUUGUCUGGUGGUGCUUUGAACUUGUUACAAGUUUAUGGAACAAUCAUCCUGAGCUUUGCAGAGUCUCUGAUGUUUGAAGAUGCGUGUCUUGCUUAUUUGGAGGCAAAACAGAUUGGAUUAGAACUUGAUGUCCCUUUUUGUAAUCGCUUGCUCAAGUAUUUGGUCGAUAAUAAUCGGGUGGAUUAUGCAAUAGAUUUGUUUCAUGAGAUGAAGCAUUCAGGGCCAAUGCCGAAUGUGUACACUUACACUAUAAUGAUAGAUUUGUAUGUUAAUGGAAAGACACUAGACAUUGACGCAGCCGAAGGGAUCCUUAUGGAAAUGAAAGAGUUUAAAGUCAGUCCAAAUGAAGUGACGUAUGGCACAUACAUCCAUGGGCUUUGUGCAGCAGGACACUCUGAAUUGGCAAUGGAAUUUCUAAAGGACUUGUUGCGAAGAGGUUUGCCGUAUAAUAGCUAUUGCUUCAAUGCUGUCAUCCGCAGUCUUUAUCUUGAAGGCAAGCAGCACGAAGCAUGGUCUAUGUUUGAAAAAAUGAAAGAGUGCAGGUGCACACCUGAUGUUUAUACCUACAGCAUUCUGAUUGAUGGCCUUUGCAAGAACCGUGAUUUUUGCAAUGCUUUGAAGGUACAGGAAGAGAUGAUGAGCAAGGGGACAAUGCCUACAGUAGUUAGCUACAGCUCGAUCUUGCAUGGUUUAUGUAUGCAAGGAGAAAUGGAGGCGGCGGGGAAAUUGUUCUGUGACAUGAAGGAUCGUGGCUAUGAGGAAGACCAGAUUGCUUUGAACAUUCUUAUUCAUGAGUGCUGUCGCCGUGGAGAUAUGGAAACCGCCUGGGAUCUUUGGGAGGAAAUGAUUCAGAAUAAUAUUGUUCCAGAUGUCUAUAACUACACCAGUUUAAUUUAUGGUUAUUGUAGGAACGGAUGCUUGAAGAUAGCCAGGGGAUUAUUUGAAUACAUGCGUCAGAUUGGUGUCAUGCCAAAUGUUGUUACCUGCACUGUUAUUAUUGAUGAACUUUGCAAAAGGAAUUAUGUUGUUGAGGCGUAUAGGUUUUUUAGUAUCAUACGUAGUAUGGGCAUCGUUCCCAACUUGAUUAUGUAUAACGUCAUGAUCAGUGGCCUAUGCAAAGCGGGAGAAUUGGACAGACCAUUGAAAAUUCUCGGAGCUAUCUUAAAGAGUGGAUAUAUUCCAGAUGUUAUUAUAUAUAGUACACUUAUCGAUAGUUUUGCCAAAAAAUCGAAUUUGAAGGAAGCUUUGAAGUUAUAUAACAGAAUGUUGGAUGAAGGUGUCAAGCCCAAUGUAUAUACAUACACAUGCCUUAUCAGUCUGCUUUGCAACAACGACAGACUACCCGAGGCCUCAAUUAUGUUCAAGGAAAUGAUCGCAAAGGGGAUCGAACCCGAUAAAAUUGUGUUCACUUCAUUGAUUAGUGGGUAUUGUAGACACAAAAAUAUGAAGCGUGGUAUUCAACUGUUCCAGGACAUGUGGCAGCGUGGCUUGUCACCGGAUGUUCACACAUAUACAUGUUUAAUCGAUGGAUAUUGCAGGUCGCACUCAAUGGGCAAGGCUAUUGCACGGAUGAAGGAAAUGCAUGAGCAACUAAAUCCAAAUGUGGUAACUUAUACUGCUGUCAUCACUGGGUAUCGCAGGAUCGGCAAUUGGGAUAAAGCUUAUCAGAUGUAUGAGUCAAUGUUACAACAAGGUAUUAAACCAGAUGCUGUGGCUUCGUCACUGGGCUUAGAAUUGGCUUCAUCACAGGGCUUAGAAUUUCCUGCAGAGUUGAAGAGUUGAGGAUACCAUUUUGAGCAACUUUGGCCUAUGACUGUGGUAUACUGACACUUUCGGGAUGCCGGAGAGUCUGAUGGAAAUUUGAAGCUAGGAUUCAAGUUAAGCCAUUAAAGCCAUAUCUUCCUGAAAUUGUGGUUCCAAAGUGGAAUACGAAAUGAUUUCACAAAUCUGAUAGUUCCACACCAUGAGAACAUGCUGGUAGUUGAUCAAGCCAAGGAUUUACAUUAUCUCCCUUUGCCAAAAUAGAUCUAAUUUGUGAUUGAUCAACAUGUAAUUCUCUUCCAUCUUGCAUCACUGUAUUACACAAUUAAAAGAAUGCAAGGAUGGACUUUAUGAUGGAAAUUGGUAGGGGAUUGAACUUGGAACUUCUCAAAAGUGUUCAUCUUUGAAUCUACAACCUGGAACUUCUCAAAAGCCUUUUUGAUCAAUGACUUUGAGAUUGAUGCAAUUGAGUAUGUUCUAGUAUCAUCUUCAUUUGUGCUAUAUUGUAUUUCAUGUUUGAUUGUCACAGUG